CCAGAUUUGCCAUUUCACUCCUACAAGCUUCGUCGUUCUAUCGCUGGAAUUUGCUCACCCGACCCUUGACUCACGAAUAGACGUCCAUCACGCAUAAAAGUACCAAUACCAGAAUACGUGCUUUUCACUCCAAGCAAAUUUCACUUUCAACAAAAAGCCUGUCCAACGAUAUACCCUACACACAACUACAAGCACCCAACAUGUCACCCUCCACCAUCAGAAAGACCACCUCAGCCAACCGAGCCAACACUUCCAAGCGCCUCUCCUCUCGCAAGCCCUUCGCCGCACUUGAACGUCAAUUCACAGAUGUCAUAACUUUAUCUCAACUCCAAGCCGCCGAGCUGCGAAUUAUGCGCGAAAAGCUACGGAAAAUGGCCCAAGAUAUGGAUGAAUCAGAGCAGAUGUCGGAGGAUGUAUUCAAAGUUCUUGAUUCGACUCAAACUAUCUUGACUUCAAAGGUGGCUGGGUUGGCUAUGGAGAAGAGUUGUAUGCUCAUGCUUGAGAAGUUCAAGAAAGAUAUUGUUAAGCGCAUCUGAGAGGAGAUCAGCAUGGAAUGGAAACCUUGUAAAGAGACGCCUUGAGGGGACCUCUUGGGCUAUAUGCUAUCAAGUAUCAGAUAUACUACAUGCGAUGAUUUGCACCACGUAUCUUCGAACCCGUGAUCAAAGCGCAUAUGUCGAGUUCUCACUCAAAAGCGACGAACCAGGUGACAUCACUGCCUCUACAAGCUUUGC